GUUGGGCGUUUAGCGAGAGGACAACUGUUCACCGGCAGAGGAGCGACUCGCGUCUCUACGUCGCCUCUCUGAAGAAGUUGGACUGAAGGAGAUACUGGAUCAGGAUCUUUUCUCUCCUUGUGCAGCACGACAUGGAAGUUUUACUUAACGCCUGUGGACAGCAAAGAGUCAAGCGACUGCUGUUACUAUACCUCUUUGUAUUGAAGGCAACAGCUGACUGUCCUAGACCUCAGGGAAUGGGAAAUAUGGUCUUAUCCGACAAAACGCUUCUAAUGAAUGAAUUUCCAGAGGGUAUUACUGUCACUUUAGAGUGUGUUAAUGGAUAUCUUGCAGACACUGGCUCUGGGAUUAUAACUUGCAUUGAUGGGAAGUGGACUGAACUAGAUCUCACCUGCAAAAAGAAGGACUGUGGUCUCCCUACACCUCAGCCGAAUAUGAGCUUCAAUACCAGCGAUGGUACCCUGUUUGGUGUUGUAAUAACAGUAGUUUGUGACAAAGGUUACCAGAUUAGUGGAUCAAGCUUCAAACAGUGCUACGCCAGAGGGUGGCUUGGAAGAGCUAAGUGUGAAAUUGUAACUUGUGAUGAACCGAGUGAAGUGACCAAUGGCAGAAGCUCAUGGGAUUCUCAAGAUGUUCCAAAAUAUGGAGAAAUCAUACGGUACACCUGUAAUGAAGGAUACACCCUGAUUGGGAAAGAUAGCAUUAUGUGCAGCGAAACUGGUGAAUAUGAUUCUUCGCCUCCUGAAUGCAAAGGCCUUUUGACACCUCUCCCUCUCACUACGAUGCCCAUGACAACAGACAGAAUAACAACAAAAAUUGUAACACCCUCUACAACUCCAGCACAAGAAGCAUCCACACUCACAGCUCACGGAGAGAAAAGUACCACAACCGGAACAGCACCAACUGUCCUACCUUCAGUACAAGACAAGGAUAACCUGGCUAUAGAUACUACUAAGUAUAUUGGAGAUACACCAGUCGGUUUGACUGUAACGGUGUUGACUGUUCUGCUGGCUGUAAUUAUAGGUAUCUUUUUAUACAAGUUUCUUCUGAAGAGAAAAGGCUCAUAUGACACCAGAGAAGACCUGAAGCCGGAGUUAUUACAGUUCCAAAAUCUUUAGAUUGCCUACCUGACGAGCUCUGCAAAUGCAACCGUGCCUAUCUGUUAAAGACCACCUGUGACCCAUGGAGGACGUGCCAACUAAAUUAAGCAGUGUCUCUCUGAGUCGAUGGGGGCGGGGGGGGGUGGGGAAGAGCACUCACUUUAAUGUUAUAUUGCACUUCAAAUGGCAGAAAGGAUCUGCUGAGUAGAAGUAUAAUUUGAAUCAAGAUCCAAUGAUGAAAAGCACUUUUCUUUUUACUGCCACAUUUUUUUAAGAAUUGUAAAUAUUAAUAACACCAUAUUAUUAUUGUUGUUGUUGUUAUUAUGUAUGGAAUAAACUGGAAUAAACACUCCAUGUGUUAUUAAGUAUUGCAGUAUUUACAGAUUUUUGAGAAGCCUUAAGCCCAUACAUUUGUGUUAUUAAUGUGCUGUUUUGCUGGGAUAGACUCGUGAAAAAGGUGGUUCAAGGAGCAUACAAUGUGUUGAAUUGUUGAAAUGGCGACUGAUAAAGAUACAAUCAGCUGCA